AGAAGAAGAGGAAGCGGCAAAUCCCAGAAUUUAGAUAGCUUUGUCCGAUUCAUAAAAAUCCCUCCUUCCUUCUACUCCGACGGUCACUGCUACCCCCGUCGGUUCUUCACUUGCAGAGUUCGCCGGCGGCUACCUCGCCAUGUUCGCGCCGGCGAAGAGACCCAAACACCACCACUCCCCUCUCGACCGCAAGCUCCUCAUCUUGCCGAUCGCCUCCACCCUCGCAUUCCUCCACUACCUCUCCUUCUCCUUCUCCGCCUCCCAGCACGCCCGCCCGUCUCUCCACCCCGGCGGUUCACCGUCCGUCGCGGUCGCCGCCCAGUCUCCGAGAGCUCGGAGCUCGUCGCCGGGCUCGCAGCCUCACUCUCCCUUCGCGAACCUGACCUCUCCUGCUCCCAAUACGGGCGCUUCGUCUCCUCCGCCGGAAAAGGAGAGAAAUUUCGGUCCCUACCACGACCGGGUCUCUUUCGCUGCUGAUUUUCAAGAAAUGAUGCGCUCCUUCAAGAUUUACGUUUACCCAGACGCUUACAACUCCUCCUCUUCGGCGGCUUCUUCUUCUCCGUUUGCCAACAUUUUCUUGCCCCACGUCGACCCUUUUAACCCCAAGCUCGGCAACUACUUCAGCGAGCACAUGUUCAAGAUCUCUCUGCUUCGGAGCUCCCUCGUCAGUGAUCCCCGGCAAGCUCACUUCUUUUUCAUGCCCUUUUCCAUCAACAACAUGCGGAACGACCCCCGGGUGCGUCACGAGGGGACGAUAGCGGACUUCGUCGCAGGGUAUGUCGCGAGAAUCGGCCGGGAGUUCGGGUUCUGGAAUGCGUCGGGGGGCGCCGAUCACUUCUACGCGCACUGCCACUCGGUCGGCCGGGACGCCGCAUCCAAGCACCGGGAUUUGCUCAACAAUGCGGUUCAGGUCACUUGCUCGUCGAGCUAUUUCCAGAGGUCUUAUGUGGCGCAUAAGGACGUGGCGCUUCCGCAGGUCUGGCCGAGGAGAGAUGAGCAGGUUCUGAGACCUCCGAGUGAAAGGCACCGACUUGUUUUCUUUUCUGGGCGCAUCCAAAACUCUCACAUUCGCCAAGAGUUGAUAGAUACGUACCAAAACGAUACUUCCAUGGAUAUUUUUUCUAAAAGUCCUUUUCCUUAUGAAGAAGGUUUCAAGGGAAGCAGAUAUUGCCUCCAUGUGAAGGGUUAUGAGGUGAACACGGCGAGGGUCUGUGAUGCUAUAUAUUAUGGUUGCGUACCCAUUAUUCUUUCAAACUAUUAUGACCUUCCAUUUUCUAACAUCUUGGACUGGAGCAAGUUCUCCGUCAUUAUCAAUCAUGGGGAGAUAUCGUCCUUGAAGGAAAGACUAUUGGCUAUACCGACAGAAAUUUACCUCAGCAUGUACCAUAAUCUGUGCCAAGUAAGAAAACACUUCACGUGGCACGCAACACCAAGAGGUUACGAUUCCUUUUACAUGACUGCUUACCAGUUAUGGUUGAGGCGAGGCGUGCAUCGUCUGUUGCAUUGAUCACCUUCAAGUUCGUGAUUAUUUAGUGCAUACAUGUUGGCAGAACCAGAAACUUUUUGCUCUUUUAAUUUUCCUCUUUAAAAAUAGAUUGGUAUUUGAUAUUGCGGGAGAAUUGCUUGCUUCAGGCAGAGCUGACUGGACAAUGGUGAAAGUUAAACAGAACCACAUAAUAAUGCAGCUGCAAGUAAGUGUACAUACUUGCUUGUUCAAGAAAGGAUAUCUGUCGAUAGGAUAUGCAGAUCUGUUGAUAGGAUAUGCAGAUUUGGUGUCUGGUGGCAUGAGUCAGCCACUAUAUCUAGCACCUGCUCUGAGCAGUUUGGGAGUGGUAAUAUGCCAAGCUCUAGGCAUUAGAACUUUAUAAUGCAUUGUAAUAAGGAGCAGAUUUAUUUUCUAAUAUAGCUCAAGAAGCUUGCUUCCGGGAGUUAUUAUGGAAGAGUAAGUUUUCCAUUGUAUUUACAUUGCUCAUUUAAACUGUGUUGCUAUGUGAGUCUUGCUCUGUUCCUGAAAACGCAAAAAGGCUUGUUCCUUGCACAAAUAUCUGUAGCAGUUUCUGGUAGUCCAUCAAUCAUGUGAGAAUAUGCGAACUCAUCCAACAGCCAAGAUGUCCGAGUUAGCCACUUAUACAAGUAGAUCAAUAUGAAUGGUGGCUCAAUUAGGAAGCUAAAACCUAAAAGCCAAUAUACUGAUGGAAUGUGCAAAAGCUGCGGAACAAUGACGAUAGGAGACGAUGGCUUAGUGGAGAAUGAUGUUCAUCUCGAGGCUUUUCUUUUUGGGUCCUAUUUUCUGUGGUGCAGAAGGUUCAACAGGAGCAAGUAUAUCCAUGUUACAGAUUGUAAAGUGAAAUCAAGGGUCGAUGAGGAAAGGUUGUCAUGAGCUUCCAUGAACGGAAGAGACUUAUCUGCCUGAGAAUAAAAUCUUUUUUUUGGCCUAGGAUGACUAUGGAUGGUCUGCAAUCUGCAUCACUUCAAUCUAUGAAGCACUUAAUGAAAUGCAAUAACAAGGCCCUCAAUUCUUUCCCAAAAAUGCCCCUACUUAUUGCCAAGAACAGGUGCGCGCCAUCUAUAAUUUGAUUACAGUCCUCUUCAUAAGUUGAUCUAUGAAAUUUUAUAUAUGGAAGAAUUCUGAUAUUUCUGGUUCUUCUACUUAAAUUUCUUUCAUAUUCACUCGCACCAUUUAAUUUUAAACUAUAAAUACACUGCAGUUGGGGCACUUUGAGAUAUUUAUAAGCAAAGUUCUCACUUCUCAGAAAUAUGUGUUUUCACGGGUAGCACUUCACUGAAUUUUGCAACAAUCCAAGUUGAUGGAUUAUUUGGUUAAGCAGUCAAGGGUUAAUCAUUUUUUCCAGUAUGUUGUCUACAAUAAGGAAUUGUUGUGAGUAGUCUGCAGAUAGAUGACUGUGCAAAACAGAAUCUGUUGAAAGAAGAUGCUAAUGUUUAUACUUGAAGAAAGACUCAAUACCUAAAUCAUGAAGCCAACUGUCUCAUUAUCGUGCUGGGGGAGAAAGGUGAAUGCAUUAUCCACUUGUCACAGCGGUUUAGACAAGCAGAAGGAUAGCAAGGAACUAUGUGAUCAAAAUAAUACGACAACCAGUAUUUUCUGGUCGUUGGCUGAAAACUGCAUGGAAGGGUAAUUGACUACUUCCUGGAACCUUUAGUAGCGAGAUUGAUUUCGUAAUAAGGUGCUGUUGAAUUUUCUAUCUAUAUCAUAUAUUUCAAGUCGAGAAUCAGUUUCUCCAUAAUAAACAUGUGCAUGUCCCUUUAUCUCUUUGUAUUUGCAAUGACACAGGUGGUUCUUCUUUUAGGUUUACGCUUGAGUUCUCGACAUAAAUGAUUACAUGUCGAUAUGGCAAAGAAGUUUCUUCACAGCUGGCUUCUUGUAAGUGCUUCUUCCAUCACUCCUCUUGAUCACCCGCAUCUCUGGCCAUGUGAGCUGUGCUGCUGGAAGUUUAGAUGGUGUAAGGUGGAGGUUUUGCCAGGUCCUUGACAAUACCGCAGAGAAGGGCAUCGUCGGGGAUAUUGUACUCAUCUCGGAGAGAUCGCUCGGGGGAAAGAACACUAAUGUAAAGUUCUUGGCCCAGGUAGCGUCGCUCUGCCAACUCCGACCUCAAGUUCCACAUCCCGGCAUUAUCAAAUGUCAACAUGAUGGCCGCCCAUGAUUUAGGGAAGACCUGGACCGUGUGCCUGCUCACGGCGUCAAGGAGAUUGUAGCUCUUUCUCUUUUCUGGAGUCCACCUUCCUGGCUCAACACUGUUACAUGGUUCCAAAAAGAUUGCCGACAUUAUUACUCGCUUAAUAGCACAGUUACGAUUAUGCCCAUAAACAAAAAGACAUGGCGGCAGGUACUUACGCAACUGCAAAGAAGGAAUAUCCAUCAAGAUGCCAUGAUUGGAUGCUCUUCUCGUGGUUUUCGAAAAUGACCUCCACGAAAGUGCGGUAAGUGAUGUUGGCCACGUUUGGUUCCACAGUUAUCUUGUCUGAAGCUGUUGCUGGUGCAUCAUCAGACAUGGUGUCAUACUUGAAGAUUUUGUCUGCAACUCCAUAAUAUUCUGCAAGCUUUAGUGGGGUUGCAGGGUUUGCGUGUGAGAUUCCGUUUAUGGCAUAACGAAGCUUGCCUCCCUCCCUGCUGGCUGAGUUUACAAGCUUGAUGGUGCGAGUAAUGUUUAUCUGUCCAUAGUGGUAGGAACCCUGAGGGUUAGGCCUGGCUGCACUGGCCGUGAGAUUCCAGCGGAAGGAGCGGAACUGAUUGAGGGUCCAAGCCCAGCCCACGGGAGCCUCAGGAAGGACAGGCGAAGCAGGACCUUUGCCAUUAGUGUAGCUGAUAACAGCUGUGGUGGUGAGCACGGUCUUGGUGUAUCGAGUUGAGGCUACCAUGUAGUAGUCCUUUGGCUCUUUAUCAGCUGUGACAAGAACGGCAAAGCAUUGCCCAACAUGCACAUCGAGGGAGUCGUAGGAGUUCUGGAUCGUGUGGGACCCCUCCAUCUCAACAAGCUUCAUUGGGUGGCCUUGAAUCCUGAAGUUGAGGGAGUUCUUGAGACCGACGUUGCAAAUCCUGUAUUUGUAUGUCUUCCCUGGCUUCAUGGUGAAGAGAGGCUCUUCCUUGCCCUUGCUCUUGCUGGAUUUGCCAUUGAUGAGCACUCCAUCAGGUCUGCCGAGGGCUCUGCCACUGUCGAGGAACUUAUGGAGAGUGGUGUGGCUCUUGGAGUACCAGUCUCCAAUAAGGACGGUGUAAUCAUCCUCAGGGUCAGCAUAGGGGACGGGAAUAAGCAAACGGCUGUUCACGCGGAGGCCACCGAAUCCACCAGCUGCCCUGUGCAUGGCGGUGAUCGGGUAAUAGAUAUAGCUCCCAAUCUGAUCCUUAACUUGGAAGUGGUAUGUAUAAUUCUGUCCUGGAGGAAUUGGGCAGCUGGUCCCUAGCGUGCCAUCUUGCCACGAAUUCUUCCUUUGUUGGAUGCCGUUCCUGAAAACAAGCAAAGGAUGACGAAUUUGCUUAGCAUAUGAAGGAAUGCAUUUUUUGCGUUUUAUAAGAUUUACCAGGUGAGGAGGAAUGGCUCGUCUAGAUUGUUGAAAACAUUGAUGACGAUAUUGUUGUUGGUGGUGGAGUUGAUAUUCGGCCCGGGGAAUUGGCCGUUGAUGAGAAUGCCUUGCUGGGGGAUGCCCAGAGGAGAGAUGGUGCCGUAUGUGACGUUCCAUGUGAAGAACAAGUACGGGUCUUCGGCCCGGACCAUCAUUGCCCCGGCCGAGAGGCAUAACAACAGCAGUAACAUCACUCCACCCAUCUCUCUAGGUUGUUUUAAGAUCACUACUCUUAAUUUUAUUUAUCCAGACUAUUCUAUUUUGCAUGGAAGAAGACGGGUUUUCUUCUAUCACCAUGGGGAUUCAUCGAUGAGCUUUUUAUACAAGGAAAGCUGUGUAAGUUUUCUGGGAUUGUCAAACCAUUGAACAACCACUGAACCACCGUCAAUUUCUCUCUUUGCCACCUUUCUCUCCCUGGUUUGGCCUGCAACGGUCCUGUUAUCUUUGUCCAUAGAUAGAAUUUCGUUAGGGGACACCUUCAAUAUAACUGAAGGUUAACAGACACUCGAUUUUUUGUGGGUAAAAAGUCAUGCUGGAGCAAUAGCUCAAACAGAAAGUUUGACCAUUCUACAGCA